AUGGACCAAGAUAAAAUAGCAGCUGCGUAUGCCGAUCUUCGUCGGGAAUCAAUGAGCACGGGAAGUCUGCCAAUCACGGUCCGCCACAUUGAAUCGGUCAUUCGCAUGUCUGAAGCACAUGCACGAUUGCAUUUGCGUGAAUUUGUGAACGAGGAGGACGUGAACAUGGCUCUGCGUGUCAUGCUUGAGUCGUUUGUAUCCACUCAGAAGUACAGUGUGAUGAAAUCAAUGCGUCAGACCUUCUCUCGGUUCCUCAGUUUCCGCCGGGAUAAUCAGGAACUGUUGCUGUUCCUGCUGAAGCAGCUGGUUAAUGACCGACUAGCGUUCCAACGCGUUCGCCACGCCGGUGAGCAGGAAUGGCGUGUGGAGGUUCCCGAACGUGAUCUUGUCGAUCGAGCUAAGCAAAUCAAUAUUAGCUCCGUGCGCGCUUUUCUUCAAUCCGACCUGUUUCGUGCGCAUCGAUUUGUGUACGACACCAGUCGAAAGGUCAUUGUGCACACAGUGUAG